AUGACACCAUUAUUCUUAAUCGUUGUACCAUUCGUUAUGUUAUUGAUCAGGUUCCGCCAGUGGAAAAAAUGCAAGCCCUCUAACAUUACUAUAUCGACUGCAAAUGAGGCGCAUAAGAUCCUAAAAUCCAGUGAUUACAAUCGGCAAAAGCCUAACGAAUGGCUUAUAGAAACUCUGUCGAUUGUGAAUCCUUUUACAAUUAACGAUGCAUCUCUUCAGAAAGCAUUUAAAACAAAUGCUAUGAAAAUAUUAACAAAUUAUACUAAUCAGCAAAAUUACGAAAAACUUGUGCUAACAAUCAGAAAUCGAAUACAACAUCGAAUAACAUUAUUACAAUUGAAAAAUAGAAAAUUUUGUUUAUCAAAAUUAGCUAAACAAGUUACACUAGAUUGUUUUCUUACAGAGAUUCUCGGUGUUCAUGCUAAUGAAGAUCUUCUUACUGAACUACCUGAAUUAAUUAUUCAUCUCUGGAAAAAUCGAAAUGAUAAAACAGCAAAAGAUCGUUUAAAACAAAUAUUUCAAACUCACAACGAUCAAUUUUCCCAGUCCAAAACAUGGCAACAAAUAAAAACUAUCUUAUCGGAACGCUCAAACAUUAUUUCCAACAUGUCAACAAAUGAUUUCGAUGAAAAGAUUUCUAAUCCAUUGAAUAUUAUUGUUCCAGGUUGGGAAACUAUGUGGCGAGUUGUCUUCUACACAUUACUUGAACUAAUUCGUCGUCCAAACUUAGUUGAACAAUUAUGUUCACAAUUUAAUGAGCAUUCAAAAUCCUAUCGAGAUUGUCUUUUACUCGAAUGGAUUCUAAAGGAAACACUACGAUUAUAUCCGCCAACGAAAAACAUCUAUCGAACAAAUUUAAACACUGGUGAAAAUGUAUGCAUAAGUGUUCAACAGAUUCACCGGGACAAAACAGUAUGGGGAUCUGAUGCGCUCAAUUUUAAUCCAUAUCGUUUUAAAGAUAUAUUAACUCCGGAACAACAGCAAUCGUAUUUACCCUUUUCAAUUUCUUGCCCAGCUCGAUUCGGAUUCGCUUAUAAAUUCGCUGGAGCAAUCGUAGCCGAAAUUCUCAACUUUGGCCCCAAUUUCAGCAUAGCUAAGGAAUUUGAAUCAAUGCCACCCACUGAUAAAUUACUAGAUCUUGUACGUGACUCGUAUAACGAUUUGUUAAUAAACAUCUAA